AUGGCUGCAAGCGAUGCGGCGACGACCACCUUAAGUCGCCAAUUUUCUUUUUUCAAUUUGUCUUCAGUCAAGGAUGUAAACGAUGCUGCGAGCUCCCCUGAAGUCGUUCGGUCGCCCUCCGAGAUAUCCGUAACGGCUUCAUCAUCAGUUGGGAUUCUAAUAGCCGACAUCUAUGGACUUGUGCACAUUCUGGACCGAACUUGGGUUAAGCUCCACAGUUGGCAAGCUUUCCUUAAUGGACGUGUCACGCAUAUGGCAGAAAGCCGGGGGAUUUUAGUCAGCAUAGGGGAAGAGGAGAGCAGAAUCCCUCAGCUGAAGGUUUGGGACAUCACACACAAGGAUAAAAAGACAGGGAAACCUACCCUCCUCCGCUCUGCGAAAGUACCCUUGGGUCCUAAGCCGUUUCCGGUGUCUACGAUUGCGAUUUCUCCUUCCCUCUCUCAUCUUGCAGUAGGUGUGAGUGACGGGACGGUUCUUUUUUAUCGUCAUUUGGACCAGUCCCUCUUCUCCGGUGCUCUUUCGCUUUCUGCUUUACCAAAACCCAAAGUUAUCCAUGAGAACAGCAAUGAGCCUAUAACUGGUUUGGCCUUUCGUAGUUCCCCACCCUCAUCAGCCGCUGAUGGGUCUGGAAAGGAGCUGCUGCAUCUGUUUAUCGUCACUACCAAUCGAAUAUUGUCAUAUCUGGUUUUGGGAAAAGGGAGCGGCGGCGUUCCUGUCCUGGUUGAUGACAUAGGAUGUGGUCUCGGCUGCGCUGCCAUCAAUGAAAAACUAGGAGAGAUGGCUGUUGCGCGGGAUGAAGCUAUCUAUAUGUGCACUCCUGCAGGGCGAGGCGCAUGCUAUGCUGUAGAAUGGCCAAAGUCGCUGGUUCGCUCCUUCCGAAAUUACCUUGUUAUGGUUUCCCCUCCCUUCUUCCCAACCGGUGCAUCCACUCCAGCAACAGUCCGUAAUUAUGUCGCGAGGGCCGCAAUCCCUACGGUUGCCCCACAAACUGACGUUAGCAAAGUGAUUGUUUACAAUCUCGAAAACAAGUUUACCGCGUACUCCGAAAGUGCUUUCAUCGAGGGCGUUAGGGAUGUGGUGUGCGAUAGUGAUUCCGUGUAUAUAAUUGGAAAUGAUGGCAAGCUGUUUCGACUCGAGGAGAAACCAACGGUACAAAAACUUGCUAUUCUCUUCAGCAAAUCCCAAUACCUACUUGCGAUUAGUCUGGCCCAAUCCGAAGGGAUGGACGAGGAGGGCGUUGCCUCCAUUCGCAAGCAAUACGGUGAUCAUCUUUAUUUGAAGGGUAAUUACGAUGAGGCAAUCAACCAAUUCAUCAAGACACUUGGCCAUGUUCAGCCAAGCUAUGUCAUUCGGAAGUUUCUGGAUGCCCAACAAAUACACAACCUUGCAUCCUAUCUUCAAGAGCUUCACGCGUGCGGCCUAGCAAGCUCGGAUCACACGACUUUGCUUCUGAAUACGUACACCAAGUUACGCGAUACGGAGUGCCUGUCCCAGUUUAUCAAGAUGGAUUCCUUGCCGAAACAGCAGCCAGGAGAUGCAGGCAGCGGGGAUACGACGUCAAGAUUCGAAUUGCCCUUUGAUCUAGAUACCGCUAUCCGUGUCUGUCGUCAAGCGGGUUAUUUUGAACAUGCUGGGUUUCUAGCGAAGAAGUAUUCGAGACACGACGACUACCUCAGAAUCCAAAUUGAUGAUGCGGGGAACUUUGAGGAUGCUUUGGUCUAUUUGAAAGAGCUGUCCAUUGAUGCUUCGGAAAAUCUAUUGCGAUAUGGUCGGAUCUUAUUAUCCAACUUGCCAGAGGACACAAUGCAAUUUUUAGUUGAUAUCUGUGCUGGGCCAGCUCCAGAGCAGCUCACCGAAACUCCAUCGGGAGCCGCUCCCAACGGAACUUCGCACCAACGAGCCUCUUCUGGGAUUCCGUUCCUGCCAUAUCUUACUUUAAACCGCUCGACCGGAACGGACAAUGUUGCCGCAGGACAAUUCUCUUCACCUCAUCCAGCGUCCCACAUCCAUCCUGGAACCCACGAUCAGGCUGACGUACAACAAUUAAGUUCGGAUAUCUCAGGACCAUCCGCACCUGCUCAAGCAAAGGGCUCCAAUCCUAUCAUUCAGCGCCCAUCUCCAUCCCAGUUCUUCGCGCAUUUUGUACAGCACCCAGACUACUUCAUUCGUUUUCUGGAGGCUGUUGCUUUCCGCAAGUGGAACAAAAGAGUCGAUCUGGAACAUACAAUAACCCAAAGCGGGAGGGUGCCUAACCCUGGCGAGGACGCGCAGAGUCAAACCGCUGUAUGGAACACUCUCCUCGAACUCUACCUUUCAGCUGCUUCUGAAGCGGACUCCGGCUCGGAUUCCAAAAACGGGACCUUGCUCAGGAAGAAGGCAAUGCACGUUCUAGAGAAUGAUGAUCAAUUCUUGUAUGAUCCAACCCACGCAUUAAUCGUUUGCUCAACGCAUUCCUUCACCGAAGGGCUGGUUCUUCUCUGGGAGAAAAUGGGGAUGUAUGAAGAUGUGCUUCGUUUCUGGAUGGAUCGUGCGAAUUCCCCGGACAAGAUUGAUUCUAAUGACCCAUCUGCAGUGGACGCUUCUAGUCGAGUGAUCAAUUAUCUAACAUUAUACGGUCCACAGCAUGCACAUCUCUAUUCACUCGUGCUCCGCUUUCUUACGUCCAGCCCAGCGCUCCUGUCCCGUCACUCUGCGGAUAUUAAGAACAUACUUGAUUACAUUGAACAGGAGAAGAUUUUGCCUCCGAUCGUGGUGAUCCAAGUCCUGAGCAGGAACGACGUCGCAAGUGUGGGAUUGGUCAAGCAAUGGCUCAUGACUCGCAUAGCUGAAACCCGAGAAGAGAUUGAUGCUGCGACGAAACUCCAGGAAAUCGCUGAGCUUUCAGAUGCAGAAAAUCCUCGAAUAUUCCAUGUCACUCGGUGCUCGGCGUGCGGAGGACAAUUGGAUCUUCCCAGUGUUCAUUUCAUGUGUAAUCAUAGCUAUCACCAAAGGUGUCUCAGUGACCAUGACACAGAGUGCCCCAACUGCGCUAAGAAUCACAGCCUAAUUCGGGAGAUACGAAGAGAUAACGAGGAAUUUGCCAAGCAGCCUGACCUGUUUUAUUAUAAUGUGGAUAGUCAAGGCUUCGCUGCGAUCGCCUCAGCCUUCUCGAAGGGUAUCAUCGCAAGAGUCCCAACAGAAGGCGAAAUGCAUUCAAUGUUGACCUAA